CGUUGCCAGCUUGUUGAAAAACAGCUGUUUCACCGGCUGCACGCAAUUUGCCUUGUUACGUCGUCUCCUUCAUUUUUUGGAAAACAAACUGUAUUUAUUCAAUUAAAAUGUUGCCCAUUGCACGCGGAAUUUAUGGUGGCCUGGUCAACAUAACUCGGAAUAGUCGCGGAGCUAUUCACACUGCCAGUGGGUUCCGUUGCAAGGCAGAAACUUCGACUUCCACCGACGAAAAGGAUGCGGAAUCCACCGAAGUCGAUGGCGAUGAUAGCUCCAGCAGUUCCGCACCGGAUGCAAAAGAUCGCAGUAAGAUUAUCCCUGUGGAGACAUCAAUGCGCUACUUGAAGAGCGCCGCCUACAAACAAACCUACGGCGAGGACUUUGUGUGGACGCAAUAUCGGCGCAACCACAAGGGCAUGUAUGCGCCACGAAAGACGCGCAAGACAUGUAUCCGCCAGAACCGGAUCACCACCGGAAAUCCGUGCCCCAUUUGCCGCGAUGAGUACCUCGUGCUGGACUACCGCAACACGGAACUCCUGGAGCAGUUCAUCUCGCCCCACAACGGAGACGUGCUCAGCUACUCGAAGACGGGCCUGUGCCAGAAGAGCCAUUUGCGUCUGAGGGUGGCCGUGCAGCAGGCUCGCGAUUCCGGAUACCUAACCUACGAUGUGCCCUUCAGGGAGUACGAUUACAGCGAGUACUACGGUCAGCAGCAGAAGCAGAAAGCGUAAUUACUUAUUGAGUGCAUAUGUUAAUGUUUUUCUGGUUUAUUAAAAGAGUGAAGAGAAAUUAUAGUAAAUUAA